GAUGCGGGAGGGGCGGCCCGCUGCCCCCGGCCCCGCUGCCCGCCCGCACCGCCCGCACGGCCGCCACCAUGAAGAAGCAAUUCAACCGCAUGCGCCAGCUCGCCAACCAGACCGUGGGCAGAGCCGAGAAGACCGAGGUGCUGAGUGAGGAUCUGCUGCAGGUGGAGAAGCGGCUGGAGCUGGUGAAGCAGGUGUCCCACAGCACCCACAAGAAGCUGACAGCCUGUCUGCAGGGCCAGCAGGGCCUGGACGCCGACAAGCGCUCGAAGAAGCUGCCGCUGACGACGCUGGCGCAGUGCCUGAUGGAGGGAUCGGCCGUGCUGGGGGACGACUCCCUGCUGGGGAAGAUGCUGCGGCUGUGCGGGGAGGCCGAGGACAAGCUGGCACAGGAGCUGAUCCACUUCGAGCUGCAGGUGGAGCGGGACGUCAUCGAGCCGCUCUUCGUGCUGGCUGAGGUGGAAAUCCCAAAUAUCCAAAAGCAGAGGAAGCACCUGGCCAAGCUCGUGCUGGACAUGGACUCCUCCAGGACCAGGUGGCAGCAGUCGGUGAAGUCCUCGGGUCUGGCCAGCAACCUGCAGCCCUCGGGGGCCAAGGCCGACGCUCUCAGGGAGGAGAUGGAGGAGGCGGCCAACAGGGUGGAGAUCUGCAGGGACCAGCUCUCGGCUGACAUGUACAACUUUGUGGCCAAAGAAGUCGACUAUGCAAACUAUUUUCAAACCCUGAUCGAGGUGCAGGCCGAGUACCACCGCAAAUCCCUGGCGCUCCUGCAGAACUUCCUGCCACAGAUCAAAGCCCAGCAGGAGGCGUGGAUGGAGAAGCCCUCCUUUGGGAAGCCCCUGGAGGAGCACCUGGCUGUCAGCGGGAGGGAGAUCGCCUUCCCCGUGGAGGCCUGCGUGACCAUGCUGCUGGAAUGUGGCAUGCAGGAGGAGGGUCUCUUCCGAGUGGCUCCCUCGGCCUCCAAGCUGAAGAAGCUGAAGGCUGCCCUGGACUGCUGCGUGGUGGACGUGCAGGAGUACUCAGCUGACCCCCACGCCAUCGCAGGAGCCCUCAAGUCCUACCUGCGGGAGCUGCCCGAGCCCCUGAUGACGUUCGAGCUGUACGAGGAGUGGAUCCAGGCCUCCAACAUCCCAGAGCAGGAGAAACGGCUGCAGGCUCUCUGGAACGCCUGUGAGAAGCUGCCCAAAGCCAACUACAACAACAUCAGGUACGUGAUUAAAUUCCUGGCCAAACUGACCGAGUACCAGGACAUGAACAAAAUGACCCCGAGCAACGUGGCCAUCGUGCUGGGACCCAACCUGCUGUGGCCACAGGCCGAGGGGAACAUGACGGAGAUGAUGACGACGCUGUCGCUGCAGAUCGUGGGCAUCAUCGAGCCGCUGAUCCAGCACGCAGACUGGUUCUUCCCGGGAGACAUCGAGUUCAACGUGACGGGGAACUACGGCAGCCCCCUGCACGUGAACCACAACGCCAACUACAGCUCCAUGCCCUCGCCCGACAUGGAGCACGGCGAGCGCCGGCAGCACGAGCAGGCGCGGCGCCCGCUCAGCGUGGCCACCGACAACAUGAUGCUGGAGUUCUGCAAGAAGGACGGCCUUAGGAAAAUCCAAAGCAUGGGCGUCAGGGUGAUGGACACCUCGUGGGUGGCUCGCCGAGGCACCUCAGCGGGGCGCAAGGCGACCUCGGCGCCCCCGGCCGCGCAGCCCCCGGCGCCGCCCGCCGAGCUCCCCCCCACGCCCCACUCGCCCAUUCCCGAGCAGUCGCCGGAGAUUUCAGCAACGCCCUCCCCGCCUCCCACCAGCUUCGGCUUCCCCUCGGCAGCCGAGCGGACAAGGGUAAGCACUUUCAGGCCCCCGGAGCUGUCCCCGGGGCCGCCCCCCGAGCAGAGCCCGCACUCGCUGCGCAAAGGGGCCAAGAAGCUGGCGCCCAUCGCGCCCCGGGAGGCGCCCGGGGGGCAGCCGUCCCCGGCCAGCCUGUCCCCGACGCCCCCCAGCACCCCGUCCCCGUACGGCCCCCCCGGAGCCCCCCCCGGCGCCUCCCCCGCCGCCGGGCCGCCCCCGCUGCUGCCGUCCCCCGCCGCCGCCGCCGCCCCCCGCGCCCGGGCCGCCCCCAAGGCGCGGCCGCGCCCCGCGCUGCCCCCCCCGCCGCAGCCGCCCCCGGCCGCCCCCGCGCCCCCCCAGCCCCCGGAGCCGCCCCGCCUGGACGCCUCGGGGCCGGGGGACGGCGCGCUCACAGGUCUGCUCCGUUUUGAGGUCCCCUCCCUCCACGUGUCCCCGGACGCCGCCCUGUGCCGGGACCCGCCCGAGGCAGCUCAGAGACUCUCGGGGCCGAGCCUGACCCCCCGGCAGGAGGAGGAGGAGGAGGAAUCGGAGAGCACAGCCCUAUGACAGUGUCCCUGUCCCCAAGCUCAUCCGCGCGGCACCCCGGGGCCAGCACCGGCCACCGGCACCGAGGGCCACGGGGCCACUUUUGGGCGGCGAAGCGCCCGGUUUGGGGGGGCCGCUGUUCUUUAGUUCAUUUUUGUUCGCCUUAUCCAGACUUUGCCUUGGAACCGGGUGCCUGCCCCCCCGCCCCGCAGCACCCACGACCCUGGGGCGAUGCCACCACGUCCUCCGUGCCCCGAGGCGGGUGCCACCGGGUGCUGGCCAGGUGACAAGGAGCUCGCCGGCGCUUUGCAGCGGCAUUUCCUUUCUUCGGCUUCUUCCCCCUCCGCUUGUUUGGGAGCAGGAUGGGACCUGACCAGCAAUAACCUGGGGAUGCAGGAUGUGCCCCCCGGCCCUCGGGGUGCUGGCGGGGGAGGCGCACGUCCCUCGGCACCCGCUGUCCCCGGGGGUUGGUGGCUUUGGUCGUGCAUGCACAGACAAAUUACCCUUUAUCCUUUCCAGAGAGAGAAGAUGUGUAUAUAUAUAUAUCGGCAGAGAUAUAUAUAUAUUCUAUAUUUGUAUAGAGAGAGAGAAACUAUAGAGAGAUUUGUUUUAUGUGGAGCCAUUCCCGCCCGGCCGGGGCGAGAGGGAGGAUGGAAACGGCAGCGCUUCGCCCCCGCCCCGCUCGCGCCGUGCCCCCCGCCCCAGGUGGGCACCGGGGGGCACCAGCACCCCAAAGCAAUCAAUAAAUCAAAUAAAUCCGUGUGCCACUCGCUGAGAACUGCCCGGCGGCGCUGGCCUUUCCUUCCUGCCCCCGCCUUGGGGGGAGGAUUGGGAGGUGGAGAGCGUUUGGGUGAAAAAAUGGUGGUUUGGUGUUUUGUAGGGAACAUUACGGGUCUGGUGCCAUGGGAUGGGGCAGAGUCCACCUCCCCCAGAAACAGCCACUCCACAUGGCAGGAUCCAGCCAGGACUGACCCCUGAUCCCGGGCUGAUCCCCACUGCAGGACCAGGACCGCCCGCAGGGACUCAGAGCCCUUUUCCCCUGGGAAGGACACUGGCUUUGUUUCACGUGUCUUUAAUAGAAACCGCCGGCGGUGGGGCAGAGCCCCGUACAAAAGCUGGCUGCAGGAAUCGGGGAUUGCAUAGACCGAGGUGUGGGGGACCCCCCCACCCCCAAAUAGUCGCCUUUUAGAAAACAAAAAGCGUCUCUGAAUAAAACUCUCCUGGUACAAUAAA